AUGUCUUCAAAUAGUUUGUUUGAUCAACCAUUUGUUUAUUGUGCAAUUUGCCAUCGAAGGUCUGCUAAAGAAGAUCCUCUUGGAUUGACAUCCUGUGCACAUAUUUUAUGUUCCCAACAUUUGAGUCCUUCCAAAAUAUGCCCAGCUUGUAACACAAACGAUAUUUCCAUUAUAAGACUGGUUGAUAAUAAGACAUUACCUAACGACGUUAAGAUCUUUUUUGAGCCUAUUCCUCAGGCUUUAGAAAGUCUGUAUAAUGUAUCUCAAUUUCAAAUAAGCGGCCUCAGAAAACAAUGUCAAUAUUAUCAAAAUCACUGUGUUAAACUUCGAGAGAAAUGUGCUAGACAACAACAGUUAUUAUACAAGGCAAAACAAGAACUGGAUUCUAUUCCUCCCUUGAAGAAACAAAUAACUGAACUGGAGAAUAUAAUUAAGAGACAAGAAGAAAAUAUGAGUAGGACAAAAAACCAGAAUUAUCUGAUAGGCAAUGGAAGGCGUAAUAAUAACAAUAAUAUGUACACCUUCCCCUCCUGUUCUUCUACUUCAUCUUCAAUGGGAAAUCAUCCCCCUCCUCCAACAAUUGAUUUGACUCUAGAUUAUGAUGACGGAGGUAGUGAGAGUGAUAUCAAUAAUAUUGAACAAACAUUUAUAAAUAAAUUGAAGAAAACAUCUUCUUUAAGGAAGAACUUACAACAAAAUAGAAAUAAUAGUAAUAAUAAUUCAGGUAUAAUGAUGACAUCUUCAAAAAAUAUCCCGAUUGUUGCUGAAUCUACUCAGUAUUCUCCUAUGGUACAAGAAAAGGAUCUUCAUAUAGCUUUAUCCUCUUCUUCAAAUGAAGCAAUCUCUUCAGGCCAUUCAUCUUCUAAUCUAACUUUUAACUUGAAUUCAAAUUUGAAUUCAUCAAAAUUUUUACCUACUUCACAUACUACCACAGUAACAAGUGCACUGUUAGGAAAUAAAAAUAAUGAAAAUAAAAAUAGCAAUAAUAACAAAAUGAUGAAACCUAUUAAUAAGAGGAAACAAUUCCCCAAUGCGUUAGAAAACUUAAGAAUCGUCAAACGGAAUAAUACAAUAGGUGCCUCUAAUAGGCCGACAAGAUCGAUUUUGAAUAGUCAAGGGAUUAUAACUCAUAUGAAAAGUAGUGAUGGAUUGUCUUCAACAAGAAACAGACAAGAGAGUAAAACUCAAGAACAAGAAAAUGUAGCCACAAAUAGACCUAAUAAUGCAAAUAUAUUGAGACAACGAGCUUCAUCACAGCAAUUAUUUACGAAAAAUAAUUCCAAGUUUAGAAGAAUUAGAUAA